UAAAAUUGCAUACAAAUAGAAUUAUCAAGAAUAUAAUUCAAUAAAAAUAAAGGAUAUAUUAAAAAUAAAUUAAUAACACAUAGAUAAUCGUGUAACCAAAAACAUAACCUUGAUCAAAAUGACUAUUACGACGUAAGAAGGUUGAUAAAGCGUUUAUAAUGAAUGGAAUUAUUAGGAAUUUCCUUUGGCAAGGUUUUUCCCUUGUAGAAAGUACCAAAUUCGUGCUGUUGGAAGCAAAAUCAAUCAGAUAUCGAACAAUCGUACAGAAAAUGGGUUGUUCUAAUUCAAAAUCGAUCGAUAUUACAAACUCCAAAACCCAGGACAAAUGUUCGAUGCAAGAAAACAAACCCGAGGAAGAAUACGUAGAAGAUGUCGUUUGUAAUCUAAGCGACUUAGCGGAGAACGAACUAAAAACGGUAGAUUUAGAUGAAGGGAAGGUUCUUCUGGUGAAACAAAGAGGUGUUGUCAGCGCUAUAGGCACAAAAUGCACGCAUUACGGGGCUCCUUUGGUGGGGGGUGCUUUGGGAGACGGAAGGGUGAGAUGCCAAUGGCACGGAGCCUGUUUCAACAUCCUUACGGGUGAUAUAGAGGACUUUCCCGGAUUGGACUCGCUCCCUUGUUACAAAGUCACUAUAGACGAUGGGAAAGUUAAAGUCAGGGCUAAAAAGUCCGAUCUUGCUGAAAACAAGAGAAUAAAAAAGAUGGUGACGAGGGACUCGAAGGAAGACCAGCAUAUUGUUGUCGUAGGUGGAGGCCCAUCUGGUGCUGUUUGUGUGGAAACAUUGAGACAGGAAGGGUUCUCGGGGAAGAUUACAUUCGUUUGCAAAGAAAAAUACCUACCUUACGAUAGGGUAAAAGUUAGCAAAGCCAUGGGUUUCGAAAUCGAAAAGACAACAUUCAGAAACGAGUCCUUCUAUAAAGAAAAUUGCAUUGACGUUCUUCUCAACGUUGAAGCCACUUCAGUGGACACGAAUGCUAAAACUGUGACUUUAGGUAUGGGUAAAUCGAUAAAAUAUGACAAAUUAUACAUUGCUACCGGCUGCGUUCCCAGAAAAUUGAGAGUACCAGGCUCCGAUUUCAAGAAUGUUGUUCUUCUGAGGGAUUAUGAUGAUGCUAGCUACACCAACUCAUUGCUAUCAGAAGACAAGGAAGUCGUUAUUUUAGGAAGCAGUUUUGUAGCUAUGGAGGCAGCUAAUUAUUGCCAGAAUAAAGUCAAGAAAGUUACUGUAAUCUUUAGAGGAGAACUACCUUUUCAGCCAUUUUUAGGACCAGAAAUUGGUGCUGCCGUACUAGAAUUAUUCAAAAGCAAAAACAUCAAUUUCGUAACAAACAGCGGCAUAACUGAAGUUAAAGGCGAUAAUGAAGGAAACGUCUGCGAAGUUGUUUUACCCAACGGAUCGACUCUACGUGCUGAUAUACUCAUAACGGGAAUCGGAAGUACUUACUCCACGGAUUUCGUAAAAAAUUCUGGUAUCCAAAUGCGUUCUGAUGGAACAAUUGAAACGAACGAAUAUCUUCAAACUAAUGUUCCGGAAGUGUUUGUGGGUGGUGACAUAGCAUUUGCCCCAGUAUGGUGCCAUAAUAACGAAAAAUCUGCUAUCGGUCAUUAUCCUUUGGCUCAUUACCAUGGAAGAAUAGCCGCAUUGAAUAUUUUAGGAAAGAAGGCCAUUUUGAAAGGAGUGCCCUAUUUCUGGACAAUGUUGUUUGGAAAAAGUAUAAGAUAUGCUGGAUAUGGAAGUUAUGACAAAAUAAUAUACGAUGGAGAUGUUUCCGAUCUCAAAUUUGUAGCAUUUUAUUUGAAAGACGGGAUCGUAGUGGCUGCGAGCAGUUGCAAUCGAGACCCUGUCGUUUCGCAGUUUGCAGAACUGUUGGCUCAAGGGAAGAAAUUGACUGAGGAGGAAUUGAUCAAAGAUCCCUUAGGGUGGACCAAGAACAUUGUACCCAAUUAAAUGAUUGGCUCGCUAUAAUGACGAUGACGAACAUUUUUUUGACAUUAACUUAAAGCGUUUUUAAUUGUAUGUUAAAUACAUCUAUUACUAAAAAUAAUAUUGCUAAUGAGCGUCGCCUUAUAUAAUGUAAUUAAUAUGUAAUUUUAUAAUUAUUAACCAUCAAGUGAGAUGUUUGCUGUUUAUUGAUUAGUUUUAUUUUUAGAGCUCGUUAUUUCCUGAAUGUGCCUUUGAUAUAGUUAUUUCUUAGAAAUCAACAAAUUACAAUAUAUUUAUGUUGUUAUAGCAUGUAAAAGUAAGUUCCUGUUAUGUAACUUUGAUUUUCCACUUGAAUUCAAUUUAAUAAUCCAGUAUUUUUGUAAACAGUAUUAUGAUCAAUAAAACUUGUUUUUAUUUUAA